CAAUGACGUUUUGCGCAUGCUCACGUUGAGCCAGAGAGCUGCAAGGAAAAAGUACAAGAGACAAAGGAAUAAACAACUCACGGUGUGGACGCGAAAACACCAAGUUUGAGGAAUGAAAGCAACCUAGACUGUAACAUAUCGUAUGCAGACAGAGCCAAGGUUAUCUCUGCAGUUCUCACAGUGGUCUUCUAUGGCAGUUGCCAGGAUCCUGCACUGCUGACCCAUUUAGUCCUGGUCAGCUGUGCGAGUCAAGCUGUCUUUUCCACCCCGGUGUCAGCCAAAAUGGAAAGAACUUCUCUGCCCUAGUGGUUACUAUGGUGCUCAGCAAGUCUUUGUGCAAUAACAACAUGAAGAACACAGAAAGAGGACACAACCGAGUGUGCUUUUGAGAAGAUUUCCGCUUGUGCUUUUCUUAUUUUCACUGAUUCACUGCGAGUUGCACUGGCUCACCUUUCAUCCCAGUAGCAAACUCCCCUCCCCUUGCCACUCAUCCCAAGCAGCUGAGAGGUUGCUGUGGAGAUGAUAGUGGUGACAUAGCAGCAGGAAUGGGGAGUACUCCAUGUUCUGGUAAGGGGAGGGGGGUCGGGGGUUUUCAAGAGCUGGGUUGUAUGCCAUGGAAGGUCAGCAAGCAGAAAGGAGAAGCCGUUGGUGGACGUGGGUCUGAGCUAGAGGAUAGACCGAAUGCUGGAACGCCCCCCGCCUCGUCACAACCUCCCGCCAUUUAUCACGAAAAGCAGCAUCGAGAGCUGUGCGCUCUGCAUGCCCUAAACAAUGUCUUCCAGGACGGAGCAGCAUUCAGCCGUGAUGCACUUCAGGACAUCUACCAGAGGCUCUCGCCUAGCACUUUGGUAACACCCCACAAGAAAAACAUGCUGGGUAAUGGGAACUAUGAUGUGAAUGUAAUCAUGGCUGCAUUGCAGACUCGGGGGUUUGAGGCUGUUUGGUGGGACAAGAGAAGGGACGUUGGCAGCAUUGCACUGCCAAACGUCACUGGUUUCAUCUUGAAUGUGCCAUCCAAUCUGCGCUGGGGGCCGUUGCGACUGCCCCUCAAACGGCAGCACUGGAUUGGAGUUCGAGAAGUGGGAGGAGUUUACUAUAACUUGGACUCCAAACUGCGCAGUCCUCAUGCUAUCGGAACAGCUGAUGAAUUGAGGAAGUUCUUGCGUCACCAGCUUCGAGGGAAGAACUGUGAACUCCUAUUGGUCGUGCCAGAGGAGGUGGAAGUCCACCAGACGUGGAGGUCUGAUAACUGAUGAAUGUUUUGGAUUGCUUUUUUUUAUUUUUAUGUUUUGUUUUGUUUUUUGGAGGUAUCUCAAGUUCACGCUCAGGAGGGAAAUAUGAGGUUCAAUCAGGGACCCAUGUA